AUGGACGUGGAUCACGGCAGCGGCAGCGGCAGCGGCGGCGGCGGCGGCGGCGGCGGCGGCGGCGGCGGCGGGAUGCUCCCGCGGAUCCGAUCCGUUCACGGCGACCUCGAUAACAGUUUGGAGGAUAGUUUUAUGGUGGAUGAUGGCGUGAUUCAGAGCUACUGCGCGGAGGAGCACCACCACUACGGGCCGCGCAACGACUGCAAGACCAAGAUGAUCUGCACGCUGGGGCCCGCGUCGCGCAGCGUGCCGGUUCUGGAGAAGCUGCUCUUAGCGGGGAUGAACGUGGCGCGGUUCAAUUUCUCCCACGGCUCGCACGAGUAUCAUCUGGAGACGCUCAACAACCUGCGCGCCGCCAUGGCGAACACGGGGAUUCUGUGCGCCACGCUGCUGGAUACCAAGGGCCCCGAGAUCCGCACGGGGCAGCUGAAGGGCGGAAAGGCGGUGCAGCUGCAGCAGGGCAGCGAGGUGACGCUAACGACGGACUACGCCACCCUCGGGGACGCCACAACCAUCGCCAUGAGCUACCAGAGCCUGGCCAAGGACGUGCGCCCCGGCGGGCAGAUCCUGUGCGCCGACGGCAGCAUCUCGCUCACCGUGCUCGCAUGCGACGUGGCGAAAGGCACGGUGCGGUGCCGGUGUGAGAACACGGCAGUGCUGGGCGAGCGCAAGAACGUGAACCUGCCGGGCGUGAUAGUGGACCUGCCGACUGUCACCACUAAGGACGCAGAGGACAUCCUGCACUGGGCCGUGCCGCACGGCGUUGACUUCAUCGCUGCUUCGUUCGUGCGCAAGGGCUCGGAUGUUGUCGCGAUCCGCAAGCUGCUGGGGACGGAGAACAGCAAGCGCAUCCAUAUCAUCUCCAAGGUGGAGAACCAGGAGGGGCUGGUGAACUUUGACGACAUUCUGCGCGAGUCAGACGGCAUCAUGGUAGCACGAGGCGACCUGGGCAUGGAGAUCCCCAUCGAGAAGAUCUUCCUGGCGCAGAAGAUGAUGAUCCACAAGUGCAACAAGGCCGGCAAACCCGUCGUCACCGCCACCCAGAUGCUCGAGUCCAUGACCAAGUUCCCGCGCCCCACUCGCGCUGAAUGCACCGAUGUGGCGAAUGCUGUGCUGGAUGGGACUGAUGCGGUGAUGCUGUCGGGGGAGACAGCGGCGGGGCAGUAUCCCGUGGAGGCGGCGUGUGUGAUGGUGCGGCUGUGCCGGGAGGCGGAGGCGAGUGUGGACCCUGCUGCGUCGUAUAAGGACAUGAUGGCCGCCACUGCCAUGCCCAUGAGCCCCAUUGAGAGCCUCGCUUCGUCUGCUGUCAAGACGGCUGACAUGAUUCGAGCCGCUGUGAUUGUUGUGCUUACUCGCACCGGUGCCACUUCGAGACUGAUUGCCAAGUACCGGCCACCCAUGCCCGUGCUCUCAGUCAUAGUCCCGGAGCUCAUCCCCCACCCGCACGAUCCUCUGCGCCUUGUGUGCUGCUCCGGUGCCGAAGCUGCUGCCAGGCAUGCAUUGCUGGUCAGGGGGCUGCACCCUGUUAUGGCCGAGGGUGGGGCCCAUGCGACUGAUAGUGACGCCACAGAUGCUAUUGUGGCUGCAGCCAUUGCCACUGGCAUAAGUGGGGGGCUGUGCAACGUUGGAGAUACGGCAGUGGUGGUGCAGAAGAUUGGGAAUGCUAGUGCUCUUAGGAUCAUGAUCGUGAAGUGA